GAGAUCGCAUUGACAAAGCGCGUGUCCGUUGCACCUUCGACUGCACCUCCAACCUUGCACUCUUUCCAACACUACCUCUCGAUUGUACAAGUAGAAUGGAUGUACCAAAACGACCUAGAACGAGAGGUCUUCGGUUCCGAUUCGGACCUUUCUGACCUUGACGAGGGCCCCGUUGUCCGUCAGCGAACGUCUCGCUCACCUGUCGGUGACGCAUUUGAAUCGUCGAGCGACUCGGGGGAUGAAUACGUCCAACAACGAGCUCCUCAGCCCAAACGUAGAGUAUCCAAAAGGUCUGGUGGUGAUGGAGAGAGAAGACAGGGUACAAAGAAGAGGAAGCGAAAGCAGUUGGAGGAGAUUGAUUUGAGUCAACUUCCUCCCGAGCAAGCUAAUAAGCUCAAGUUGGAUAUGCGACUUGAGGCUAUCCUAAAACCAAAGAAGACCUCGCGGCCGAAGCGGAAGAAGAAGGACGCUGACGAGGACGUUUUGGAUCGAGCGGCAGAUGAGGAGGUGUCUCGUCUUCGCGAAGCAAUGCUUUCUGCCGUUGUCGACGACGAACAGGCCAAUCGUGAGAAGCUUCCAGCCACAGCUAAAUUAAGGCUUUUGCCUCAGGUGAUGGAGGUAUUGCGAAAGACAGCGUUGGCUCAGUCUAUCAUUGAUAACAAUCUACUGGAAGCUGUUGGGAAAUGGUUGGAACCUUUACCAGACCGAUCCCUUCCUGCGCUUGACAUCCAAAAGGAGUUCUUCCCCAUCUUGAAGAAGAUGGAAUUCAUCGACACGAACGUGCUCAAAGAAUCUAAACUCGGCCGUGUCGUUGUCUUCUACACCAAAUGCAAACGUGUCACCCCCGACAUUGCGCGUGCCGCGAAUGCCUUGGUCUCAGCCUGGUCGCGACCUAUCAUCAAACGUAGCGCAUCCUACAGGGACCGUGUCAUUCCUUUAGCGGAAAUGGCCGAAGAGGGCCGAGGCGGUGAGAGGCUCAACGCUAUUCUUGCCAGGGCACGAGAAGAGGACAAGAAUCGUACUCGCAAGAACGCUGUUAUGAUCCCUCAGAGGGAGCUGGGAAGCUACACGGUUGCGCCCAGGGCGAAUGCCGGUUUCGCGAGAAGCACGGCCGUGGAUGUCGAUAUUGAGAGGCGGAAGAAGAAUGCAGACAGACUCAGGAGUCUCACGCGAAAGAUGGCUGCCAAGAGCUGAGGUGGCCUUGGACCUUAUUAGCAUGUUAGUUUCUUUCACUUAUGUUGUACAACAGACGUUCCAUCUCUAUCUAUGUUAUCUUGUUCAGUCUUUUCUCGAACGGUUAACGGUGUCAAGUGAGCGACACGACGUCUUUAUUCACAAAUUGCGCGAUGUCGAAACCGCCUUCAGGGCUCUUAAUGAAACCAGCUUUCUCAAGCACCCUGAGAUUACGAAGUCAGGUCAUCAACUUAAACUUACAGAACGGAAUGAACAUUACCCUAAGGUGUCGCUGAUGACGGUAGCCGGGAUCGAUGCACAGUCAUUUGGAUAUGCAACGGUCUUCAACCAGGCCUGCAGACGAGUUAUAAAACGUCAUGUUCACUACCGUCUUUGAGAGGAAGAGAUAUACCUUGAUAUCUUCUUCCGAGUAUCCGAACUUGGCCUUGAUGAACUCAACAUCAUCCUUG